UUCUUCACCAUUACAUUACACAAUAUACAAUGUGGUCUUCAUCUUCUUCAAUAAUCCUCACGUUCUUCUCUCUCACUUUCAUUUUCUCUCCAUUGGUAUCCUCUGAUUCUGUUCAACAGAGCUUUCUCCAAUGUCUAACCUCCACUUCACAACCCCAAUUCCCGAUUUCUGACGCCAUUUUCACCCCCAACAACUCUUCCUUCUUACCAGUUCUCAACUCCUACAUCAGAAACCUCCGAUUUCAAACCCCCACAACCCCAAAACCACUACUUAUAGUCACUGCCAAACACUAUUCCCAUGUCCAAUCAACCGUUGUUUGCGCCAAACGCGUCGGCCUACAGAUCAGAAUCCGCAGCGGCGGCCACGAUUUCGAGGGCCUCUCUUAUGUCUCCCAACAACCCUUCAUCAUCCUCGAUCUCUUCAAUCUUCGAGCCAUCAAUGUCGACAUUCCAACCCAAACUGCUUGGGUCGAAUCAGGGGCUACCUUGGGUGAACUUUACUACGCCAUUGCUAAAAAGAGCAACCUCCAUGCCUUCCCUGGGGGAGUUUGCCCGACCGUUGGUGCUGGUGGCCAUUUUUCUGGAGGUGGGUAUGGAAAUUUGCUCAGGAAAUAUGGGCUCACCGUCGAUAACAUUUUGGAUGCUCAGAUUGUAACUGCUGAUGGGAAGAUCCUAAACAGACAAACUAUGGGGGAAGAUUUGUUUUGGGCAAUUCGAGGUGGAGGAGGAGGAAGCUUUGGAGUUAUUCUCUCAUGGAAGAUCAGCUUAGUUCAAGUCCCAUCAACGGUGACGGUUUUUGAUGUUGAUAGAAAGAUUGAAGACGGAGCAACGGAUGUUGUUUUUGAAUGGCAGCAAGUUAUGGACAAGUUGGAUGAGAAUCUGUUUAUAAGAUUGAUGUUGCAUUCAUCCAAAGGGAAAAGUGGACAAAAAACAGGGAAAGCUACAUUGGUGUCUCUGUUUCUUGGGCCAGUGGAGAAGCUUAUGGAGAUUAUGAAUCAGAACAUACCCAGUCUGAAAUUGCAAAGAGAAGAGUGUUUUGAAAUGAGUUGGAUUCAAUCGGUUCUGUUUUGGGCAAACUUCGCAAAUGGAACAGCUCCAGAAGCGCUGUUGAGCAGGAAAAUGGCAUCAACACCAUAUCUGAAGAGGAAAUCAGACUAUGUGAGAGAACCAAUUUCAAGAGAAGGGAUAGAAGGCAUAUGGAAGGCGAUUAUGGAUGUUGAAAAAGUGGGUCUGACAUGGAAUCCUUACGGGGGGAGAAUGAGUGAGAUAUCAGAGACGGCGACGCCAUUUCCACACAGAGCAGGAGUGAAAUUCAAAAUCCAAUACUCUUCAAACUGGAAGGAAGCAGGGGACGAAGAGGCAGAAGAGGAGAUAGAGUCGUCGAGAAAACUGUACGAAGCGAUGAGCCCAUAUGUGACGAAUAAUCCGAGAGAAGCGUUUUUGAAUUACAGAGACAUAGAUGUUGGAAGUAGUAGGAAUUGGAGUUUGGAAGAAGGGAAGGUGUAUGGGGAGAAGUAUUUCAAAGGGAAUUUCGAGAGAUUGGUGGAUGUGAAGACGAAGGUUGAUCCUCAAAAUUUCUUCAGGAAUGAACAGAGUAUCCCCACUCGUUGAUGUCUUUUUUGUAAAUAAACCAGCAGCAAAGAUGAAUGUAUGAAUGAAUGAAUAAUGGUUUCAAGUUUAAAUUGUUAUGAUUUUGAUAUUAAUCAAAUCAUGUGUUAUGAUUUCGAUAUUAAUCAUGUGUUAUGAUUUGAUAAG